GAGGAGGCGCCUGGAAGGUUACUUUGUGAAACAGUGUAGCGAGCGGCAACAAUGUAGCAAAUUGUAACCUCGAGCGGUGAGGCACACGACAGCGGGCUGCGGCUCAGACUAGAGUGAGACAGGCAGCAAGGCUUCCUUUUACCCCUCACACCGUCUCCUUAUCACUUUGCAAUCUGCCCCCCGCGUCAAGUCAUGUCCUCCUCCCCGGGAGGAGGCACCUCGGCUCUGGAGCCCGCUUCCCCCGCCGCUGGCUCGCUGCUCCUCAACGCGCCGCCCCGCUCCAGGAUCUACAAGAUCAUCGUCAUUGGCGACUCGGGAGUGGGCAAGACCUGCCUGACCUACCGCUUCUGCGCCGGCAAAUUUCCCGACAAGACCGAGGCCACUAUCGGGGUGGACUUCCGAGAGAAAACUGUGGAGAUUGAUGGAGAAAAGAUCAAGAUUCAACUGUGGGAUACAGCUGGCCAAGAACGUUUUCGGAAGAGCAUGGUACAACACUACUACAGGAAUGUCCAUGCCGUCGUCUUUGUUUAUGACAUGACCAACCCUGUGAGCUUUCAGAGUCUGCCAGCCUGGAUUGAAGAAUGCAACCAGCACUCACUUGGUGGAGAAAUCCCACGUAUCCUCGUGGGGAACAAGUGCGACCUAACAGAUGCCACCAAAGUCAAAACUGAGCUGGCUCAGAAAUUUGCUGAUACUCAAAGCAUGCCCCUGUUUGAAACCUCUGCUAAGAACCCAAAUGACAAUGAUCAUGUGGAGGCCAUAUUCUUGACUUUGGCUCAUAAACUGAAAAACCAUAAGCCCAUGAUGCUUAGCCAGCUCCAGGUAGAUGAGCCAAAAGUGAAGUUGGAAUCUGAACCAAAGGCUGAUGUGGAGUGUUACUGUUAAAGGUUAACUUUUGGUGUUUUCUAUAAUGAGUGAAGACCAAGAGCACCAGAUUAUGAGAGGAAAUUCAACAGGAGAAGGGAAUGAAUAAUACAUUGGAUUACCCAUAUACAAAUAUCAACCAGACUCUCUCUACUCAAACUGAGGACAGUAAAGGAUAGGCUGCAUUUUAUGGUAUUCCCAGCUAUUAGUUUUAUGCAGAGAUAUGUAGAAGAAGCUUUGAGUAAAUUGCCUCAGUUAAAGAA